AUAUAUUAUAAAAUAUAUAAGUAGCUAAACAAUUAUAGUAUUAGUUUAAAUUAUUCAUUGAUUUCUUUUACAAAUUUCAAAAAUUUUAAUAUCCAUUCUUUUUUGUUAUUGGAAAUUAUAUAUAAGCUGAUGAGGAGAGUGAACAUUUAACUGGUUGAAUUGUUUAAUAUUUCCAUAAUCUAAAAUAUUUUAAUACUAUAAUUCAACAUUUGGUAAAUUACAAAAUUAACUAUAAUGUUAGCUCAUCACUAAAUUAAUAUCGCAAAUUUAUAAUGUUAUUGUUCUUACCAUUGUUCUGAAAGAGUACCAUCGCAAAUUACCAUUGUCUUUUUUUUUCAUAGUUUUGGUAAGAGCAGAUAUUUUUGCAAAUUUAACUUGAGGAAUAAAGAAAAUUACCAAACAUAAACAAUGACAGUAGCGCUGACUUAUUAUUUGGUAAAAAAUGUUUAAAGUUAAUUUGUGUAUUAGCUCAGUAAUUUUAAUACAGAAUUAGCAAACCAAAAUUUUAGAAAAUAGAGCCAACCCAAAUUACUUAUAAGUCAAGUUGCAAUUAUAAAGAAGUGAGUAAAAAAUGUACGGAGAUGGUAGAAAUAAAUCCUCAAAUAACAAAGAUAAAAGAAAUUAAAACUAAAGUAAUGGAGAAAAAUAUUUCAUAGCAUCAAAAUUCAAUAGAUACAAUAUUGUUAUAGCAUUUUUAACCCCUCUCCAUAAUUUACUGCAAAAUAGAGUGGAAAAUAGAGUGACGACCAAACAAAAAACUCAUUACUCCAUUUUGCAGUAUAAGAUUUUGUAUGUAACUUUCUUGCGUGGUAGCCUGGUAAUAUAUACAAGUAACCUAGCCUGAUUUAAACUGUUCGAUGAUCCUUACUAAUUGAGAUGAGGGGACAUGGAUGUCGUGCAUAUAUAUACUUUACCUUAUCUCAUACAACCGCUACACAGUUUCUUGAAUAUAUUAAUCAGCAGGCAAUGCAGAAUAGAUUCUUCAAACUGUGGAGACUAAAGUUUAACGGGUGUGCGCGAAUGAUCCAUUGGAAGCUCAAAAGUCAAAAGUACUCGACUUUGUAAAGAAUAGUCUGAACUAUCUCAAAUUUCUUAACCCGAUCAGACUUAUUAAAGAUGGUGACACAUCAUAUUUUUUUUAUUACCAGCGAUAUAGAAACGAUGGAACAAUUAUUUGUGAAGUAUGACUGGAAAGCAACUAAGGUAGUGGACGAAUAUAAAAGCUAAUGAAUUGAAGUGGGCCUUCCGAAAACAUGUUGAGGUUGAAAUUAAAAUAAAAGUGGGCACUGGUCACUAGUCACUGGUCACUGGUCACUCACUCAAUGCAUAAAAACAAAAGAAAUAAGGAGACACCCUUAUCUAGUUUUGUUUUGCCACUAUUCCAAAAUCUCCAAUACUGAUUUUGCCUUACUUGAUAUUUUUGGGAUAAAAUGUUAAAUGUCUUUACUUGAUUUGGUCCACACAGACCCAACACCUUCUUAAAAAAUCUAUUUUACUGGUAUAAUAUAAAUUACGAUUAACAUAUACAUAUAUAAUGUUAGCGUGAAAAUUAUCUAAAUGACUUUUUAUUUUAUUUUAUUGUUAUUUGUUUAAUUGAGUCAUUACAACUUGUUACGCCAAUUUAUAUUUUACCACCGUCCUCACCCAAAUCACAUUAUACUCACAAAUUUUAAUGCAAUAUUCAUAUCUCAACAAAUACAAGAACUCUCAACUAUUAUCUUGUGAACUGUUUGAAUUUGUCUUCAUCAGAAGUUCAAUGAAAAUCGAACAGCUGAACACUCAAAGAAACCAUAAAAGCUUAUAUGAAAAAUGAACUAAUUUAAAACUAUGUUUUGUUUUUUCUAAAUGGCGAUCCAAUAGAAAUGAAAAAAAAAUACAAGAAAACACAUCAUUUUGUAAUACAAAAUAGAAAUGAAAAAAUAAUAGCAAAGAAAAUUAAAGAAACUACUAAAAAGGUAAAUUAGUCUUAAAAUGAUGUAUAGGUCAUUUUUAUAAAGAUAGUAUAAUUAAUCUGAUUAUUCAAAUUUUCAUUGUCUUCCAAUGAAAAUAUGGGUUGUUGGGUUAUAUAACUAAAAUAAAGGUUUCGCUUAAAACAAAAACUAAAGUAAAGGUUUAAUUACCCUAUCUUGCACAAUGAAACGGGUGAAAUCAACUAAAAAAGCAGUAUAAUGAAACAAAACACCUUAUUGUUUUCUUACCGCACAAGCUAUUGGUAACAACAACCUUCACAGUAUCGAAAGAAAUGUUUUAUUUUACCUUUCUAGGAAAAGGAAAAGAAAACAUAAAUGAAAAGGAACAGAAAAAGCAGAGACUUUGAAUCACAUGUAAAAUUUCAGAAAAACACAGAGAAAAUGUCGACGUCAAAUGGAAAAGGUGAAGCCGGGGGAAUGAAUGUAUGGGCUCCAUGCGACAUUAUCAAAUCCCUUGCGCUGCUCCAUUAUUUUUUAAAUUAACUGUUCGAGUUCAAUUAUUAAAUAUUCAUGAAAAGAUCCAAAUUAAAAUCUUUCUGAACAAUUCUGACGAGUGAGAUUAAAAUUGAAAAAUAUAAUGGUUCUUUUAACUUUAUGAAAAAUAAUUAGGUUGUUCUUUUUUUUUGUAAGAGGUAAAAGUUGACUUUAACAACAGCAAGAUGUGAAAGUUGAUUCCUUAAUGCAAUGUAAUGUUCACUUUCAAGACAAACUCUUAUUUAAGAAACCCUUUGUGUUAUUUUGCCACAAGUUUUUGAAAUGUUUAUGUAAAUGGCUACUAAUCUGUCUUUGUUAUGGGUUUGUUUGAGAAUGUGAACUACUACGUCGAGAAAAUGUUUGUCAACCAAAUUGGUGUUAAACUGAACCAAAUAAUAAGUUUGUUAUAACAAAAACCGAACCAAAAUCAAACUGAAUUACAAAAACCGAAACGAGACGAACAUGAAAAAUAACAAAAAAAAUUGUUACUAAACAAUAUAAUUAUUUUUUUAUCAAUUUUUUUUAUCAAGAACUAAACAAUAUAAUUAUAAACUUAAUUUUUUAAAUGGAUAAAAUCUUUGUGGAUUUUAAAAGGUUUAAGGAUUGCCUAUAGGGUAGUAGUAUAAGUGUAUAACCCAUUACGAUGAACGCAUAACAAUACUUUCAACGUGCAUACCAACGCCUAUACGGCUGUUGUAAGAAAAAGUAUUUUACUUAAUCAAUUUAGGGAAAAAACUAUAGUACUAUUUUACUAAAUGCCCCCUAAAAAAGGUCGUUGAACUAUUGAAAACAAAAAAACAGAGGUCUAACUGGCAGACACUUUAGAUUCCCACAUGUGUUUCCACCAGACCAUGCCCAUCUCUCUAACAUUUGUGUUUUCCAUAUUUGUUUAGACAUAAUUCUCUCUCUCUCUCUUCUUCAGUACCUCUUGUUUGUUCUCUACUUUUCUUCACCAAUCCUAUCUCGUCUCUUUGGCUUUUAUUUUCCUUACAUCUGGAUUUGACCCAUUUUUGGUUAACUCAAAGAGUACAAACUUCUCUUAAGCUUCCAAGUCAACCACUUCAGGUUCUGUCGGCUGUCUCUUCCCAGAUCUCAACAUAAUUUUCGUUAAGACUAAAAAGAGUUUGAUUAAAUGACGGAAUCUGAUGAUGCCUCACGAGAAUUACCAGCUAGAGAAGGAGAUACCUCGUUAAAUCAAGAUCUAUCCAAACCAGAAUCUAUCAUCCCUGUCUCGCUCGAUCUCAAGCUCAACGAUAGUUUCAACGAUGAUCAAAAGGGCACAAAGUGUCAACCCAACCCGAGAGUCUUCUCUUGUAAUUAUUGUAGACGCAAGUUCUAUAGCUCUCAAGCUCUUGGAGGUCACCAAAACGCUCACAAGCGAGAACGCACAAUGGCUAAACGAGCAGUGCACAUGGGAAGAAUGUUUGGUCACCAUCACAGGCCUUACACAUACACAUCUUCUUCUCUAGGGAUGCAAGCUCACUCCGGUCUACUUCACCACACCUUAUCCCAGCCUCAGCCUCCUCCUCAUCUUGCAAGGUUUCAUCAUCAAGGGUAUUUUGGUAACACCGUGCCAUUGCUCUUUGACUAUGAUGAUGGCAGUGAUUUAUUCUGGCCCGGGAGUUUUCGUCAGGUUGUUGAGGAAGCUGAAGCUCCAGUGGUGGUGGCUGUUAGAGAGUCAGGUCUUGAUCUUAACUCGGUUGCAGCUGAUGGAAGUGUAGUAGAUAAUAACAAUAGGUCAAAGCCUGAUCUUACCUUGAGACUCUAAGCUCAUCAUCUCUUGUGUUCAUUUUCUAUUGUUAGAAAAAUAUCAGAAGAUAAGUUGGAAGACAGAUUUACCGAAAUUGAUGCAAAACUUUUCUUGUUAUAUAAAUGAAGUUUGUUACAUU